AUGUCUGCGUUUAUAUUAAUUGGUAUUGGUUGUGAUGAUAUAUUUGUAUUUUUUGAUAUAUGGAAUCAAGAAAAAUUAGAAUGGUUAAGAAAAUAUCAAAAUAAACUAUUAACUGAAAAUGCAAAUAUGUUAGAUGUACCUUUAAAUCAACAAAAAAAUCUAAGCAAAUUAAAAAGAUCAUCUUCUCAACAUUUAUUUUUAUUUAAACAUUCUAAAGAAAUUCGUAAAGUAUUAUUAAGUGAAGAAGCAUUAAUAGAAAUAAUGUCUAAUACAUUAAAACAUGCUGGUUCAUCAAUGUUUGUUACAUCAUUUACAACAUCAGCUGCUUUUUUUACAAAUAUAUUAACUAAUAUUUCAUUUAUUCAAGUAUUUGGAAUUUUUAUUGGAACAUGUGUUUUAAUUUAUUUUGCUAUUACAUUUACUGCAAUUGCUGCUUUUGCUGUUAUUUAUGAAAAGCAUAUUCAAAAUAUGAUAUCUCAUGUACUUUCAAUGUGUUGUACUGAUUUUGUCAAUAAAUCAGCAAAUAGUACACUAGCGAAAUUAUAUCAUCGUUUUUCAUUAGCUUGUAGAAAUUUUCGAAAUUAUAUUUUUAGUCAUUUUAUGCCAUUAAUAAUUAUUAAAUUACGUUAUGUAUUAGUAUUAAUUUUUCUUCUUAUGGGUAUUCUAGGUCUUAUUGGUAGCUUUUACUAUCCUAAAUUAAAAGUACCAUCAACACAAAAAACUGCUUUAUUUUUAAAAGAUAAUCCAAUGGAAAUCUAUGAAUUUUCAAUGAAAAAUCAAUUUAAUGGUUAUUUAAAAGAAGAUAAACGUUUAUUUACUUAUCCAGCUAUUUCAUUUGUAUUUGGCAUACGUGAUAUUGAUGAUGGUUAUAUAUUUGAUAUGAAUGAUCGUGGUCGUUUACAUUUAAUGCCACUAUAUUUAAAUCGACAAAUCACGCUUGAAUUUUUUAAAAAUUUUAUUAAACAUUUAGGAACACGAAAAGACUUAUUUUUGUCAAAUUAUGAUUUAGAGGAAGAUUUUAAAUUAUUUUAUGAGCUUGCUACGGAUGAUAUUUUAGUAGCAAAAGUUAUUAAUGAUCGA